GGUGCGUGACUUCAUGCAAUAAAUGAGAAUGAUGAUCAAGAUUUUUAUUCUUUUUGCUUUACUUUGUGGUUUUUGUUUGGCACGAACAUCGAAAGAUUUAAAAGUUCGAAUCGACGAUGGAAGAAUCAUCGGAAGAUAUUUAACAACAGAAAAUGGAAAGACGAUUCGUGCCUUUAUGGGGAUUCCUUAUGCUGAACCGCCCAUAAAAAACUUGAGGUUCAAAGCUCCGGUUAAAGUGAAACCUUGGCAAGGAAUAUUGUUAGCACAACAGGAACCACCAAUGUGCAUGCAAGCAAACGUUUUUAUUCGUGAAAGAAAAAUAGAAGGACAAGAAGAUUGCCUUUACUUAAAUGUAUAUGCACCGCCGAAACGCAACAAGACUGAAGGCAAAGUUCCAGUGCUUGUGUGGAUUCAUGGAGGUGGUUGGAUUAACGGUCAUGGAGGUCACUCUCUCUAUCCACCAGGAUAUUUCCUAGAACAUGACGUGGUGCUUGUAACGGGAAAUUAUCGAUUAGGUCCACUUGGAUUUCUUUCAUUUGAAAGUGAAGAAUGUCCCGGAAAUUUCGGCAUGAAAGACCAAGUCAUGUUGUUGAAAUGGGUUCGAAUGAAUAUUGACAAGUUCGGUGGUGAUUCCAAUUCUGUGACAAUUUUCGGAGAAUCGGCUGGUGGUGCGUCUGUCAAUUAUCAUAUGAUUUCACCAAUGUCGAAAGGUUUAUUUGAUAAAGCAAUCUCACAGUCAGGAGCGCUCAUGAAUAUUUGGGCAGAUCCACCAAGACCUGGAUUAGCGAAAAUGCGUGGAAUAAGAUUAUCUGAUAAAGUUGGAUGUCCCAUCAGCAACACGAAUUUCAAACUCAUCGUUGAAUGCUUGAGAAAAGUUGAUGGGAAAAAAAUCACUGAGGCAAUGUUUGAGUUUUAUGAAUGGGACAACGAUCCAGUCGUUCCUUUUCCGCCUGUUGUUGAGCGAAUUUCAGAAGAAGAAGGCUUCAUUUCAGAUUACCGCUUCAACAAACAUUCCUUUGACAUUCCAUGGAUAACAGGAAUUACGAGCGAUGAAGGGCUUUUUAAAACUUCUGCAUUCUUUAACAACAAAAAGUUGAUGGAUGACAUGAAGAAGAAUUGGGAUCGUUUACUGCCAAUCACAUUUUAUUAUGAUCAUUUCUAUGCUGAUGAACAAAGGAAAAUUUCUGAAGAAUUGAAUGAAUUCUAUUUCAACAACGAACCGUUCUUUGAAUCAAACAGGGAAAAUUUAACAAAUCUUUGGAGUGAUGGUUUACUCAUAGGAUUUGUUGAAAACCUUAAAUACCGACUGCAUAACAAUCUCCGUGACAACACUUUCGUUUAUCAGUUUUCACACAAAGGUUCCAUAAGCUAUACAGAAAUUUUGCAAGGCGGAGCUGAAAAUUUCUAUGGAACUUCACAUGGUGAUCUCUUGUUGUAUCUUUUCCCAUGUCAUAAAACAAUUCCAGCCUUCUUCAGUGCCAUACCCGAGACAGACGACAAAGAAGUGGCAAGAUUAAUGACAAAGCUAUGGGUGAACUUUGCUGAGACAGGAAAUCCCACUCCAGAGUGGUCGACUGCAUCUGAGUUUCCAUUGUGGUCUCCUGUAAGGAAAUUCCCAUUAGAUUAUCUAUCAAUUGGCAAUAAAAAUGGAAAUUCCGAAAAAUUAUUGUCAAUGGAGCGUGGAUUGUGGGAUGAGAGAGCAGAGUUUUGGCAGAAAAUCAGAAGGGAAAAUCCUAAAUUUAAUAUUUGGGAUAUUGAUGAAAACAUUAAAGAUGAAUUUUAAUCGAAUUUUGUGACAAAAAUAGAAAAUUAAGAAUUUUCGUAAGCAUUAAUUUCAUUUAAAGUUUUCAUAAAAAAUAACGACAAAAAAAUAUUCAAAUAGGAUAGUGGCCCAAAUAUGGAAUACACAAAAAACGAAUUUGACUUCAUAAACUGAAUAUUUUCUAAAUAUAGUUUAAUAAAGGAACUUUUUCUAUUGAUUCAC